AUAGUAAUGCAGGUUGCCAUCUGUUUGGAUACUGCCUGCACUAAGAAUGCUAAAUCAGGCUGCAGCGUUAUUGCUGCGAGCCUGCAUUUGUCCGUAACUAUUACCUCUUACGAGAUGAUAGUGAAUAGGCUCAAUUUAGGUUGUUCGGGUGUGCGGUAUACCACGUGUUCAGUCAUCCGAUCGAGUCAAUUAUCCUUACCUUCAGGUAUAAAAAUUUGUUCUGGGCGGAUUAAGGCCUUGUCGAUUACGACCACGAAGACUUGGAGUGAAUACCUGUCAGCUUCUUCUGCUUACGACUCUACGCCCUAUCGACUUGACAACUACCCCUCCCAAGUCUAG